CACAGCUGAUUGCAUCUGUCACGCUGACAGCUCGAGAGGAGAGCCAGUUAUCAGCAUUCCUCAUGUACACUGUACAAUGUACAUGUACACUGAUCAUCAGGGCACUGAUCAGUCUCCAGCAGUGCCACCUGUCAGUGCCAUAUCAAUGCCACACAUAUCAGUGCCUACCAGUGCACUUCAAUGCCACAUAUCAGUGCCCAUCUGAGCUGCCUUUCAGUGCCACCUAUCAGUGCCAGUCAGUGCCACCUAUCAAUGCCAUGCCAGUCAGUGCCACCUAACAGUGCCAGUCAGUGACACCUAUCAUUGCCUGUCAGUGCCGCCUAUCAGUGCCAUAUAUGAGUGCUGCCUUUCAGUGCCCAUCAGUGA